GUGAUAGUUUAUGCCUAUGUAUAGGUGCAGAUAUAUAAAAUAUAUAAUGUUAAUAAAUAAGGAAUAAUAAUGUCUAUGUAUAAAUAAUUAUAUAAAAUUAUAAUUAAAAGUUAAUAAUGGUUACUUUUAAAUUAAACGGAAAGCCAACAUUCGAACGAUGACAAACAGGUAUGACUCAUAGUUUUUAUAAAACACCCUGCGCCGACCAAUGUUGGUCAUUCUUGUUUGAGACGUCGUUCGGUGCGGAGCUCUCUCUCGAGUUUAAUUCUGUGUUGAAGUGUGAUAUUUUGUGCUAAAAGAUUUCCAGAUGGAUUUACCAGUCUUAAAAGAACUUCUAACGGCCAUCAAAGACGCGGUUUCCGGUUCCCGCCUGAACGACAGCGAGGUCGCCUUGCCAAUAUUUGAUCCAGCUAAAAGUGACCUCGGUGCUGAAUCAUGGUGCAACAAUAUUGAAACCCUCGCCAAGGAAUUCGGAUGGAGUAACGUCGCAACCGUCGCCAAAGCUGGUAAGGCCCUUAAGGGAUCUGCUUUACUUUGGUUCGAAACGUGGGACCCAGCUGAGGGUCGUUCCUGGGACAAUUUACGUUUAGAGCUAGUAGCUUUAUAUCCCGAGAAAAAGAAUCUGGCAGAAAAGCUCCAGAAGGCAGUACUAUAUACGUCGGAAACUGCUGACUCGUAUUGCGAAUACGCUAGGGAAAAAAUUAGAUUAUUAAAAAAUACUAAAAUAGUUUUUACAGAGUUACAAUUGAUUGAAUUAGUUUGUGGUAGUAUAUGUGAUGUAAAUGUAAAAAUGGCUUCGUUUAACAGCAAUGUCAAAACUACCUCGGAAUUAAUUGCCUUAUUUACUUCUUAUGCGAAAACAAAGAAAAGGUCAAUAGACAGUAAGGACCCUUCUAAUUUGCAUCCACCUAAGCGUUUUAAGACCGAUUUUAAACCCAAUGAGAUAAAAUGUUUUAAUUGUGGGAAAACCGGUCACACCAAACAACAAUGUUAUAGUAGAAAAAGUACCCAAAAUAAUGACCCUAAUUCGGAACAAGGAUCAAAUAAUGAAAAUAGAAAAUUUUGCACUUACUGCAAAAAACCCGGACAUUUAGAUUCCUACUGUAGAUAUAAACCGAAAACGGACCCUUCUAAUACUGAUAACCAAAUUAAUUUUUUAGACAAAGCGAAUUAGUUUUAACACCAGUACACAUAAAUGAUGUCUUAAUUAAUUCGCUUAUUGAUACCGGAUCUAGCUGUAGUAUAAUUAAACAAUCUAUAGCAGAACGCCUUGGCGUCCACUUUCACCCAUGUUACAUAUCUCUUUGUGGAAUAGGUAAAGGUACCUUAAAAGUGUUUGCUAAAAUUACAGCUCCUGUUAAAGUAAAUGAAUUGUGUAUCGAACUAGACAUUUUUGUAAUUGCAGAUGCUAAUUUUGAAUACGACCUGUUGAUUGGCAGAAACGCUAUUCAACAUCCCGAUAUUAUAUUAGUGACAGACUAUUUAGGUUCUCGAUUAGUGCGAAAAAGUGUUACGAAAUCUAGUUUUAACGUUAAUUUGAUACAAAAGGAUGACCAACAUUUUGUUAUGGAACUCGCAAGUGCGAUAAGCCAUUUAGAUCAAAAACUGCAGGAUGAGAUAAAAGCUAUUUUUGAAAAAUACCCCUCUAUUUUGGACGAUAUUGGUCAUGUAAAGACUGGCGAACUUGAAAUAAAAUUAAAAAAAGAUGAGGUAGUCUAUUACAGGCCAUAUCGAUUAGCCCCGAUAGAAAGAGAGAAGGUUAAAGAAAUAGUAGAAGAUUUACUGAAUAAAAAAAUAAUCAAAGAAAGUAAUUCAUCUUUUGCUAGUCCCAUGAUUUUAGUUAAAAAGAAAGAUGGAAGCGAUAGAAUGUGCAUUGAUUAUAGAGCGUUAAAUAAAUUAAUAGAAAAAGAUCGAUAUCCUCUCCCACUCAUCGAUGAUCAAAUAGAUAAGUUAGGGAAUUCAACAUAUUAUAUAUCUAUAGAUAUGAAAAAUGGCUUUUACCAAAUCCCGAUUUCUAGUAACUCCACAAAAUACACAGCCUUCGUAACGCCAGAUGGACACUACGAGUUUGUAAAAAUGCCUUUUGGAAUUUGUAAUGGCCCGUCAGUGUUUCAAAGAGCCAUCACUAAGGCAGUAGGCCAUUUACCAUUUAUAUUCGUUUAUAUUGAUGACAUUUUGAUCGCAUUUAAUACAAUUGAAGAGGGUUUAUCCUAUUUGGAGCAAACAAUUUCGGCACUUAGUUCUUGUGGAUUUACAGUGAAUCUUAAGAAAUGCAAAUUCUUUGUAGAUAGCAUCGAGUAUCUAGGUAGGCAAAUAUCCCGGGAGGGUGUUAGACCAGGUGAAUCCAAAAUCAAUGCUUUAGCAAAUUCACCGAUUCCUACUAAUGUUAAACAAGUUCGGCAGUUUAUGGGUCUAUGUAGUUAUUUUAGAAAAUUUAUUCCCGAUUUUGCCUCAAAGACAGCUUGUAUAACAAAAUUGACUAAAAACAACCAAAAAUGGGAAUGGGGUAUUGAACAAGAUAGAGCACGAAAGUAUGUUAUUGAUCAUCUUACCUCCAAACCUCUCUUGACAAUAUUUGACCCUCGGUGUGCAACAGAAUUACACACCGAUGCUAGUGCUAUAGGUUACGGGGCAAUAUUAUUACAAAAAGUAGGAAGUGUAAACAAAGUAGUUGCUUAUUAUAGUAAACGGACAAGUCCAGCAGAAUCCAAGUACUGUUCUUAUGACCUAGAAACGCUUGCGAUUUUUAAUGCAUUAAAACAUUUUCGAGUAUAUCUUCUUGGUAUUAAAUUUACAAUAAUAACUGAUUGCAAUGCAAUAAAAUCAACCAUGACAAAGAAAGACUUGUCACCUAGGGUAGCACGUUGGUGGACAUUCAUGCAGGAUUUUCAGUUUGAUAUCCAAUACAAAAAGGGUAAAUUCAUCAGUCAUGUUGAUUUUUUAAGUCGCAAUCCUGUGUCUGCUCCAUUAGAACGGCGGCAUUAUCAUGAAGUUAAUUUUAUUGAAGCUGAUAAUGUAAGUCCCGAGUCAUGGUUGAAAAUUGCUCAAACAAAUGAUUCCGAAACCCAGACCCUAAUGUCGCAAUUGCAAGCUGGUAACUUAGACUCUAAUCAAUAUGUAAUUAAAAAUAAUUUAUUGCAUUAUAAAACUAGUCCUGAUGCUGAGCCGAGGUUGUUUGUGCCGAAGGGAUGUAGAAUAAAAAUCUUAAAACUAUUUCAUGAUGAAAACUGCCAUGUGGGGUUCGAUAAGGUUCUACAUAAAAUCCGACAAUAUUUUUGGUUCCCAGGUAUAAUAGCUUUUAUCAGAAAAUAUAUUAACCAUUGUCUUAUUUGCGUCCAGAAAAAGGGGUUCUCCGGUCCUAAGCAAGGGUUGUUACAUCCCAUCGAUAAAACUGCGGUGCCCUUCCAUACCGUACAUUUAGAUUGCACAGGGCCUUUUCCAACAACCACGGAGGGCUUUAAACAUAUUCUAUUAUUAGUUGAUGGUUUCACCAAAUUUUGUUUAUUAAAACCCCUUAAAACACUGAGUACGGGAGAGUUAAUACCAAUUAUCCGAGAAACUGUGACACUAUUUGGUACACCAUCGCUGGUAGUAACUGAUCGUGGUACAAAUUUUAGCUCCAAUCAAAUCCAAGCACUUUUUAGAGAACUAAAUAUCGAACACCACAUGAUAGCUACUGGUACGCCCAGAGGCAAUGGCCAGGUUGAGCGUUACGUGGCCACUGUAGUCAAUAUGUUAAAUACUAUGUGCGAGGAACCGUCAGACUGGCCGAACGUAUUAAUAAAAGUACAGCAAUCCAUUAACACGACAGUACAAAAGUCAACUGGGUUCACUCCCUUACGUCUACUAAUCGGGGUAGAAGCAAAUAUACCUAUAGUACAAUCUCAUCUAAACGAAAUUAUUAAUGACGAGGAUUUGCAUCCCGACAUUGAUGUCCAAGCUGAUCGUGAAAUUGCGAAACAGAGGCUACAAAAAAUAGCAGAAUCAUUUAAGCAACGAUUUGAUCAUGUUAGGCGUAAUAACAAACAAUAUAAUAUAGGAGAUUUGGUCUAUGUUAGUCAGGAUCAUAGGCGUAAUGAUAAAUUAAAAUCUAGAUUUAAGGGUCCUUACGAAAUCCAGUCUAUCCUUCCAAAUGAUCGCUAUGCUCUGAAAGGGAACGGUAAUGUUAGGAAUAUUGUUGUCGCUAAGGAAAAAUUGCGGUUUUGGCCAGGAGAAUGGGUCGAUGAAGACAGUGCUGUUGAACAUGCCAUUUAAAAGAAAUAAUAUAAAUUAUAUGUGAAUACUUAACUAUAGGAUAACCAUUAUUGGAUGAUUGAUUUAUGAAUUUCAUAAUGUUAUGUACUACAUGAUUAUUUCAAAUUAAAGCUUUUUAUAGGAACAUAAGUUAUCUACAAAUGUUACUGGAGAAUAUAUACAUGAUACAAAAAAAAAUGAAUUUAUAACUUUUUCUUGAGAAUCCUAAGAGACUGCUAGACUCAAUGUCAUACUGCGAAUGAAUAAAAAAGAUUUGAUUUAAUCCAUCUGAGUACCGCUGGUCGGCCUACUAUUUGGUGUCAAUUAUCUCACAGGCAGCGGGUGAAUGUGAUUGACAUGACUAUGUAGUUGGCAUUACUCAAUAAUUAUCAGUCAGAGUACCGCUGGUCGGCCUACUAUUUGGUGUCAAUUAUCUCACAGGCAGCGGGUGAAUGUGAUUGACAUGACUAUGUAGUUGGCAUUACUCAAUAAUUAUCAGUCAGAGUACCGCUGGUCGGCCUACUAUUUGGUGUCAAUUAUCUCACAGGCAGCGGGUGAAUGUGAUUGACAUGACUAUGUAGUUGGCAUUACUCAAUAAUUAUCAGUCAGAGUACCGCUGGUCGGCCUACUAUUUGGUGUCAAUUAUCUCACAGGCAGCGGGUGAAUGUGAUUGACAUGACUAUGUAGUUGGCAUUACUCAAAAACCGCUGGUCGGCCUGCUAUUUGGUGUCGAUUAUCUCACCAGCAGCGGGUGAAUGUGAUCGACAUGUCUAUUUAGUUGGCAAGAAUACUGUUACCUAUUUGGACUGUGUGUAUAAAAAUGUUUGACUCGACUUGAUUCGAUCUGACUUCAAAACUUAUGAAAUAUGGCAAAUAAAUUGCCUUAUGAAGUGUCUUGACUACAUUCUUUCAUUUUGUGUCAUGUAUAUGUUCAUUAAUGAAUCGUAUGUACCUACUCGUUUAUCUGUUUAACAUAUAGAUAUAGAAUAGCAUGGUAUACUUCGAGGACGAAGUAUUGUCAGUAUGGCCGUGAUAGUUUAUGCCUAUGUAUAGGUGCAGAUAUAUAAAAUAUAUAAUGUUAAUAAAUAAGGAAUAAUAUGUCUAUGUAUAAAUAAUUAUAUAAAAUUAUAAUAACAGUUAAUUAUGGUUACUUUUAAAUUAAACGGAAAGCCAACAUUCGAACGAUGACAAACAGGUAUGACUCAUAGUUUUUAUAAAACACCCUGCGCCGACCAAUGUUGGUCAUUCUUGUUUGAGACGUCGUUCGGUGCGGAGCUCUCUCUCGAGUUUAAUUCUGUGUUGAAGUGUGAUAUUUUGUGCUAAAAGAUAAGUAUAAUUAUUAUGAUGUUAUUUUAUUUGCUAAAUAAAUGGUAUUAUAUUUAUAAGUGUUAAUAAGUGUUAAUUAAUGUAUUUUGUUCUACUACCUUACUAUGAAUAAAUUAAUAUGCAAAAAUUAUUA